AUGGAAGACAAGUUAAGAAGUUGGGGUCUUUCAGAUGCAAUUAUUACUGUAUUUAAAGAAAAUGAAAUCGAUGAACAGCAACUACCUUAUCUUACAACUGACUUGCUUAAAGAGUUAAUUCCUCAUGUAGGACCUCGUUUAAUUGCACAGCAGAAAAUUUUAGAAUUAAAGUUAAGUCAAGACGAAAAUCAAACCAUUAACAAGGUUGAGCACAGAGUCUCUAGUAUGAGUACAGUAAGCGAUAAUACUGAAAACUCUUUUGUUAGUCUAGAAAAUGUCCCUAUUGUGAUUGCUAAUACUGAUGAUUCUGCCUUAUGUGGAUCAGGCUUUGAUUACGGGAAUAUACUAAGUUUAAUACAGCCGAAGUUUGAUGAUUUUGACCUCAAAACUCUAUUAGCAACCACUGCACUUGGAAAAAGUAUUUUGUCCUACUAUGCUGCUAAUCAAAAUCUUGAUAACACAAGACGAAAUAGACUAGUCUCUAUUAUAGUUAAACACUUAUACAAUUACAUUGUCAAAAAACGUCUUAGUAGGGAAGAGUACAAUAUGUUAGCAGCAAAAAUUAUAUCAAUUUUCCCCACAGAAACAUUAGGGGUUUAUUAUUGCCCCCCGAUUCGCAAGGGAGAACACCCACUAAAAAAAUCCGUUAUGGCAAAGGGCAAGUUAGUCAACCAAGUGCGAAAUAUACUAUUUCGCUCAGGCGAUACUACCUUACGCAGAACUACUGGCAGUAAAAGGGAUUCAGAAGGAAGUGAAGAUGCAUCUUCACUUUAUGAAUAUGAUGAUGGGCCGUCAAAAAAAAAUAAAGGCAAUGACAAUAACGAAGAUAUUUUAUGGCUACAACAUAAUUUUGAGCCGUGGGAGAAAGUAUUAGAAAAGUGGAAGAACACCUAUCAUUUUAGAAUGUCUAAUAGCAAAGUUACAAAUGUUACUGAAUAUUUCGCCCUUUGGCCUGUUUUACAUGAUAUCCGAGGAGACGUUCUUAUUAGCUUGGAUUUUGAAAGACUUUAUCCUCAGUCCCAAGUCUCGUUUUAUUUAAAGUGGAAUUCAUUCUUUGAGCAAGUAUUAAAGUCCAAAAUUGGAGAAAUUAGGGAUGUCCAAAUAAAGGAAUUGCACAAACUGCUACUGGAAAAAACCGAUGAAGAUGAAAAGCUACCAAUACAGCUCACUUUACUGGGUCACCUACUUCCGCCCAGAGGCAGAACUAAAAACUGGAAAUUUUCCAUUCUAGAAAGUAUUGAAGGAAUAAUUAUUCAUGUUGAGAAUCCUGGUGACAUUGAGAUGACCAUCCAGAAAACUAUUGAAAAAGCUUACGAUCGAAAACUCACGGUGCAGCCUUACUUAUUGGUAGAAGGUAACACAAUUGACAACAUCCGGUCCUCAUACUUGGUUUUUGAUAAAAUUAAAUAUCAGUUCAACACCGUAACAAAGGCUUUCGAUUUGUUAUUUAAAAGUUACCAUGCUUUAAACAUCCAGUACCCGCCGCAAAGUGCCCAUAUACUACAGUUAAUUCAAAACGCGGUUUACAACAUUUUCACCAAGUACGACACAGUAUAUCCAGAAAACCUGGAUAUACUGAGAUUAUUUAAAAAUGAAUAA